AUGGCAGAAGGGUUUGUUGAAAAAGUGAAGGGAAUAACACCAGAAGAAGUGGCAGAGAGCUAUUUCAGGGAACUCAUUCACCGAAACAUGUUUCAAGUUGUGAAGAGGGAUGUAUCAGGAAGGCUAAAAAGAUGUAAGCUACAUGAUCUUUUAAGGGAAAUUGCUCUUUCAAUACUGGCAGCCGAGAAUUUUGUUGCUUUGUAUGAUGAUCAAGAAGCAAGUGAAGAGAGUGGAGCACGUCGCUUAUCUAUCCAAACAAUAAAAGAGCAAAUAAAAUCAUUAAAGGGCAUGUCAGAGCUCCGUUCGCUUCUUGUGUUCACUGACUAUAGGAGUUCUCCAUCUUUGGUAACAUUGCCACCUGGCUUACGAUUGUUAAGGGUAUUGGAUCUAGAACAUACACCAAUUGAGAAAUUGCCAGAUGAAUUUGUGGAUCUGUUCAAUUUGCAAUAUUUAAGCCUAAGGAGAACAAUGGUGAAGGAGCUUCCAAAAUCAAUUGGAAGGCUCUACAACCUACAAACACUUGACAUUCGCAGAUCAGGAAUAGAAGUGCUUCCAACUGGAAUAACAAAGUUGAAGAACUUGCGGCAUUUAUUUAUGUACCGUAUCUACCUUCACCUAGGUGAAACUUUUGAAUAUCUUUUUGGUAUUCCAACCCCGCUAAAUAUUUACAAGUUAGAGAACUUGCAAGUAAGAGAAGCAGAUGAGGAAGACUUGUGCACCGCAAUGCGAAAUAUGAAUGUGCUUCGUCGAUUAUUUGUGAUGGUGAAAGAUGAGGCAGAAACCUUGCGAAUGGAUGCGCUCACUGCAGCUCCUCCCCCUCUGUUGGAAAAUAGGCUUUCCCACAAGUGUAAAUCAAUGGAAGCAAUAUAA